UGUCAAGGUACAACUGAAUUCAAGGUGCGUAUGUAUAACUAUAACUAUGACCGUGCCAUAGCAUAGUAUGAAUUAUUAUCUAUGUAUGAUAUUCACAAGCCUCGCAUAUCUGCAGGCCGGGUCUAGACGUAUCUCAGCCAAGAACCAUAUAACCAUGGAUAAAGUAGUCCAUUGUCGGUCGUCAUGCAACAAAUGCCCAAUAAGUGCAAGAAUGGAGAGUGGUGGGGAGGAGUAUGUGUUGAAACGCCCCAUAACGCCAUAUCAGCAGAACCCAUCGACCCCCAGGUCGAUGUCAUUAUCAAAAUGAUGGUUGUAAAAAUAGAACGCCGGGGCCAGACCCAAACCCAAUGCAUCGUCUUGAUCGAACCAGUCGAAUCGUAAUGUCGUCCAGCUUGCUGGAAAUUCUUUCAAAGAAU